AACACCAUUCAAGAACCGGCAAAUUCGAUCAUAAUUUUUACCUCGGUCGAGAGAGAGGUUUCCCCGCCAAAUUAACUGCUUCAUAUUUAGGAUCUCAAUCAAUGCGAAGGCUUUGAGCAGUUCACAGACGCUGGUCACGCCGAAUAAUAGUGUGACAGGCGGCAUGGCCCCUCGCGGCUCGAGUUUCCCUGGUCUAUGGAAGUAUCCAAGCAACCGCGACAUCUGGGCCAAGUCGUCGAUCAGCUGGCUAGAGGGACGGCGCAAGGACGACGGCGCCCACGGCCUCUGGCGAAUUCACGACCACCUUUACGACUUUUCCACCUUCGUCGACUCGCAUCCUGGCGGCGCCGACUGGCUCCAGCUUACUAAGGGGACGGACAUCACGGAGGCCUUCGAGGUGCACCACCUGACCAGCUUGCCACGUGCCAUGCUGGACAAGUACAAAGUGCGCCCGAUCAGUGAACGCAGAAAUUCACCAUACACGUUCCUACCGGACGGGUUCUACAACACGUUCAAGACGCGAGUCCUGCAGAAAUUCUCCACAUCGCAGCUCAAGGGUCCGUCAGCAGAGUCAAAACUAGUCACCGACUCACUAUUUUCCGCCUUCGUCGUUUGCACCCUUAUCAGUGCGUACAAGUCAUCAAUCGACUUCGCCAUGCUCGCUGGAGUCUUGCUUGCGUUCACUGUUUGCGCGGCGCACAACUUUGUGCAUAUGCGGAACGAGUGGCGUCGCUAUUACGUGAACCUGAGCAUGCUGUCAGCAAAGCACUUCCGCAUCUACCACACCCUGAGCCACCACCUGUACCCGAACAGCGUGCUUGACCUUGAGGUAUCUCUGCUUGAGCCGUGGCUGCCCUGGCUGCCGCGUCCUGAGAAGAACGUGCUCGAAAGAUACGCCAGCUGGCUGAUUAGUCCUAUCGUCUACGCCCUGAUGUUCCCCUCCGAGUUCGCCAGAAGGGUGAUCUCGCAUGGUCCUGACCUCAACGACCUUUCAGCCCUGCUCGUGCCCGCCGCUAUGGGCCUAGUGUCGCCCGCAAGUCUCUACCUUUGGCCCGUUAUGAUUUUAACCGCGAGUUUCGUCUACUCCCUGACAAGCAUCAACGCCGGCCACCACCACCCUGAGGUGGUUCACGACGGCGACGCGACGCGAAAAGACCGCGACUGGGGCCUGGCGCAGGUGGACUGCGUGAUCGACCGCGGCGACCUGAACGGCGUCAGCGUGUCUACCGACGGCGACAUCUCCAGCUCCGGCAGCUGGUGGCACUUUGUGCUGGUGCUGUGCAACUUUGGGCAUCACACGCUGCACCACCUGAUGCCCACCGUGGACCACUUCCGCCUGCGCCAGAUGUACCCCAUCCUGGAGCAGACCCUGGCCGAUUUCGGCAUCAGGUACAGAGUGGAUGGCGCCAUUCCGCUCGUCAGCUCUCAGUUCCAGCAGCUCGCCAGGAACGAGCCUAACCCUGUACCACCCGAGGAGAGGGAGAAAAAGAUGCUGUAAAUUUUUUACCGUUUGACAACUUGCCAAAUUUCGGUAUCCUCCUGAGACUUUUAUAAAUAGAUUUUUCUCUGAAAAUCAGUCUUGCAUUACUUCCUAUAGGUGUGCGCUCAUUUAUUUUAGCGCUGGUGCUUCCUUGUUCCUGUUUUUCUCGUAUAAUUCGAUGUUAAUCUAAGAAUUUCGUACAUAACAAAAGUCACGUAACCAAUAAAAAUUGUGAUGAUCUGACUGAUGAACAAUGGAGAUUCAUGGUACUAAAAACGAUGUAAUAAGUCGAUAUAUAUGAUAAGGCAAUUUAUGAUUAAUAAAAAUGACAUACAUUCCAAUUUUUUACGUAUAUAUCAAUUA